AUCCAUCUGCAUCACGAUAUUAUCCGUCGCGGCCGAUCCAAAGGGAACAGACAGGUCGAUUUGCAGAAGCAAACCCUAAUCUCUCUCUCUCUCUCUCUCGCGCGCGCGCGCGCGCUACUUUUUGCAAUCUAGCCGUGAACAUAAACACUUCUGACUGUUACGGAAAAUUUUCCACAAAAGAGAGCUGGGUUUCCCUCCUUUUUUUUCUGUUUCUUUUGUGUUAUUUGGUGGAGAAAUCUGCAGCUGGGAGUGCAGAUUUGAUGCUUUUGAGCUCGAGGAAGGUGAAGAAUAUUUGGGGUUAAUUUAUCUUUUACAUUUUGGGAUUUCGUUUGAUGCUUUGAAUUUACGGAUCCGUGUAAAUAACCUUAAAUCUGUUGCUUUUUCAACCUAAGUUGAAGCUUCCAAGGAACGGAUCUCGGAGGUAAUUCGGUGAUCCUUUGGGAAGAAGAUUUAAGCGGCUGAGUCCACGGCCAGCGCUUCCUCUUCCUGUUGUGGCUAUUUGCUUUAUCAGCUCUUUGAUAGGCUGUUCUGCAAUUAGCGCGUGUGAUUUCGUCAUUUUGUAGAAGAGCUUAUGAUUAUAGUCUGUUAUUUCCAUUGAAGGUAGUGUUGUUUUAAGGAUUUUGACGCUUCUAAUCGUCGGAGAUUCGCUCUUAUCUGUUUCUGUGUAAUUAGUAAGUUUCUCGUUUGUAAGCUCUGAAGGGUACUUUUUGUUUUUUUUUCUGGAUAAUGCUUGGGGGAUUGAAAACAACCUGAGUCGAUAAGGAUUUGGAGGGAUUGGAAUUCCGUAGAUGUCUUGUUAAUGUUGUUUUGACUUGUGAAGAAGUGGGAAGCAAGUGAUGUCUCUCAAGAGUAUUAUUCAGGACAUGAAGGGGGAGAUCGGUAGCAUUUCAAGGAAGGGUUUUGAAGUUAAGCUGGGUUAUGGGUUGAGAUCGAGGUCACAUCGAGUGGUUCAGGAUUCUUCGGUUCUUAUCGACGCCAUGAAGCAGAGUUGUUGGGCUAACAUGCCGCAGGAGCUACUGAGGGACGUGCUGAUGAGGAUAGAAGAGUCAGAAGGUGCCUGGCCCCUUCGGAAACACGUUGUUGCUUGUGCUGGGGUUUGCAGGAGUUGGAGGGAAAUCACAAAAGAGAUCGUGAAGACUCCUGAAGUUUCCGCCAAGCUGACAUUUCCGAUCUCCCUGAAGCAGCCUGGCCCUAGAGACUCCGUCCUCCAAUGUUUUAUAAAACGGAAUCGCACCACCCAAACAUAUCAUCUCUACCUUGGCCUAUCUCAAGCACUAACUGAUAAUGGCAAGUUCCUUCUUGCUGCACGCAAAUGUCGACGUCCAACAUGCACAGACUACAUCAUCUCCUUAUAUGCUGAUGAUAUGUCAAAGGGGAGUGGGACCUACAUUGGGAAGUUGAGGUCCAACUUUUUGGGGACCAAAUUUACCAUAUACGAUGCACAGCCUCCUCAUGCUGGGGCUAGAGUUACAAAAAGCCGCUCCACUCGGUUAGUGGGUUUGAAACAGGUCUCUCCAAGAAUCCCUGCUGGCAACUAUCCCGUAGCACACAUUUCUUAUGAGCUGAAUGUUUUGGGUUCUAGGGGUCCAAGGAGAAUGCAGGUUAUAAUGGAUUCCAUUCCAGCUUCUGCAAUUGAACCAGGAGGUGUGGCCCCGACACAGACUGAAUUCCCACUUAGCAACAUUGAUUCCUUCCCAUCACUUCCAUUCUUCAGAUCAAAAUCAGCCCGCACAGAGAAUUUCCAAUCAGGACCUUUGGCUACCCCAAAGGAAGGAUCAUUGGUUUUAAAAAACAAGGCUCCUAGGUGGCAUGAGCAGCUCCAAUGCUGGUGUCUUAACUUCCGUGGGCGUGUGACAGUUGCUUCUGUGAAGAAUUUUCAACUGGUAGCUUCUCCUGAGAAUGGACCAGCAGGACAAGAGCACGAGAAGGUCCUCCUCCAGUUUGGUAAAGUGGGAAAGGAUUUAUUCACCAUGGAUUACCGGUAUCCCAUUUCUGCUUUCCAGGCAUUUGCUAUCUGUCUCAGCAGCUUUGACACCAAGAUUGCUUGUGAAUGACAAACAGUGGAGUGUUUGAACAUCUAUUAUGGGCUUGAGCAUUAUAACAGAGUUCACUGGGUAUGUACCAGUAGUGUGGAUGUUGCUGGAGAAAGUUUAAUACAAAGCUACUGGUUGGCGGAACUGGUCUCCAAUUGCCAAUUUGCGUUUUGUAUGUUGUAUAGUUUUUGUUUUUAUUGUUUGUGUACAUAACAGCCAUUCUGAAGAUGAGGUAUACAUGUCCUGGCAUUUGGUUACUGCAAAUCAUUUUCAAAUCCUGUGAAACUGAAACAUGAACGCCUGAGUUCCAAUUUAUAGUCCGAGGUGUACUGGACAAAAUCAAAAUGGCGGUGUUGAGCCAUGGUUUUGUACUCCCUGUAGGUAUUCCGAGUUAACUUACUGGAUUGGAAAGAACGUCUGACUAUAAUCCAGAAGUUAAUAUUAUGUCUCGUUUCUAUCUUCUGGUCUUAUCUGUCUCGAAUCUGGAUUUUUUACGAGAUGUUCCGUGAAUUUGAAGUUUCAUGGAAGAAGUCCGAUGUCAUGUACUCUUAUUGAAGAAGAUUCCAAGUAAUGGAACCGAAUUCAGAUGAUUUUAAUAUAA